UCUCAGAUAAGGUGAGUCUAUAGUUGCGUGUGUCUUGCAAGGAUUCUUCAGUCGAUGAUACAUCUGCAGAACUUUGCGUAUACGAACAAACCGACGAGCAGCAUUCUAAGGAAACACUCCGAUAUGAAGUUGCUUGGUGCUGCCCUGCUUGGGUUGAUGGCUGUAACUGUACAAGCAGCUUUUGUAGAGAUUCAUCCCUCUAGAAUGAGGAGAGCUGUUUCUGUUGAUUCUGGCCGCCUGGAUGAGAUUGAAGAAAAAUUGGACACGCUUAUAGAAGAUGGCAGGACUAAUGAGUUAGAAGAAACAGUAGAGGUGAUAUCUCGACAGUUAAUUAUGCAACAGCUGUUCAUAGAAGAACGCAUACGUAGUUCAGGCCAGUCUGGUAUAAAGAAGGUGAGGAAUUUUGAAUCUGGCUUCAAAUCGUACCAUAAGAGGUCAUAUGGAGGAGUUGGCGUUGCAUCAAUGCAUCAACACAAUAAUAACGACCGCACGUGUGGACUUGGAGAAUUUACAGCAGUUCUCAAUGGCGUUGAAUUCCGUACUCGACACAACGACUACAGGCUUAAUAUGCCAAGCGAAACAAGCACAGAAUUCCACAUAGUACAGGAGGUGCCUUUCCCUGAUGUUCCUCAAGCUGUCUUAGACCAACCUACAGUUGAUGGGCAAAUCUUAGAGAUGCGUGAAUGGUUCAAGGCGUGGAGGGACGGUGAUGCCAGUGUUCGGAACUAUACGAGGCAUUUCAAACCCGCCCUCUGCUACUUAGAAGGCGCCUGGUUGGAUCCCAAGGAGAGCAUUGAGUCAUUCUUUAGCGACAGACAUUUCCUAGAUGCUACUAGUAUGUUUGACCUCCAAGAAAAGAUAAGGUUUACGUCAUACAGUGGCUCCAAAUCAAGACUAGAAAACCUGGCAUUCCUUCCUGUCUCCAUCAUAGGAGUAAAUAAUGCAAGUAAACCAGAAUUUGCCCAGUGGAACUAUCGCAUCCUGUGUCAUCCAGUUCAGAGAGAUAUACCAUUAGACAGAUUUCGACUUGUUGAUGACUUUAUGUUCCGAAUGAGGAGAAACUCACCAAUCGAUCAAUUUGAGCACACAAGGAACGCAAGGUACAGAUUGAAUACUCGAGAUACCUCUACAUACUACAAAAACCCACAAUCUGCCCCUACAUUGCUCGAUGAAAUAAUGACCGAAAUACCUGGAAAAGAUAACUAUGCUGGUUUUCUGACAGAUAAAACUGUAGACGGUGAAACCAUUGUUGAUAUUGAGACAAAAGAACCACUGAACGCUGCAUAUUAUCAUAGAUUUUUCAGCACAGAUUCUGUUGAUGCAAUGGGUCGCAGCAUUCUCCGCAGGGCAUAUUCUGAUGAUGCUGUAUUCAUGGCGAAAACCUCUCAGCCAAACGUUCGUGAAAUGGCUUUGGAAACAUGUGAUAAAGAGGCUGCCGACUAUGAUGCCGAAAGAUGUGUUCUCAAAUCACGCAUGACCUUUGCUGUUCCUCUUGAAAUUGUCUGGUUGACACCACUAAGCAAGUGGAACCCAUAUAACCUUGUCUACAAAGGUAACACAUUUGAUACCGAUAAUCCCGACAGUAGUUUCGUAGACGCAAAUGGACGCAAUGGGGGAUUCGAAACAGAUACAGCGUUUAACGGCACGAAUCAUAGGCUUUACUAUCAGACCCCAAUAGAGUUUUUCACUGGAGCAGUGGGCGAAGGUGAUGCUGCUGAUACCGCGGAAGACGCAGUCGGAGUGCUCGACCAAGGAGGAAAUGUUCGUGAAGUAGCUGCAUCGGGAACAUACAUACUUCUUCCUGAUAUUCCCAGCGUCGGCAUCUUGAGGCAACGCUAUCCGAUUAUGCCAAUUCACGAAGAGGGGAACACAGUUUACCAAGAAAUGGAGGCAAUUCGUGACUUAGUCCACGAAAGCACAAAAUACCAGUCCAUGUACAGGGAGAUGCCAGAUUUUGCAAACAUUGAUCCGGUUACACCAGGGCCGUUCCAAGCUGUCACUCUCGAGACUGGUGUAUCCACCUAUGGGCCUCACACUCACUUGGUUGAGCUGACAGCGGAGGAUGUCGAGAUCCUCAAAAAUGGAGGCACAGUAGAUGUCACUACGAGCGUGAUUAACGCCCAUUCUCAUUUCCUUAAAGUAUCGUACUCAGUGGAUCUCGACCAAUACACUAUCUACAGCUGUGAUGGUAAUGUUUCAUGUGGAGAUGGUCAUCCAACGGUCCUUCACGUCCGAUCUAGAUAGGUUAUGUUUGUCGUUACUACUAGUACUAUGAUAAGUUUGAAAGGCCCAUUGGAAUGUUUAAACCAAGCUUGUUUUUUAGUUUUACCCAUUUCUCUCAACAUUUCUAAAAUGUGAAUAUUUUUUUGGUAGACGUAUUUGGCAGGAGCCAAAUAUUUAAAAAAUAAAUAUUUAUCAACUUCUUGUAGAAUCA